AUGGCCCGGGGUCGACUGUCAUGGCAGGGAGGGUUGGGCGCCGCGGCGUUGGGUGUUGGGUGCGCAUGCUUGCUGAUGAUGAUAUCUUUGAGAGGGAUCACGCCGGGAGUCCGGCUGCAAUGCACUUCUGCUCUUGAUUGUGCGAGCAAGCGGUAUUUCAGAUUGCAGGCCAGAUCGAGGAAAGCAAGAAGAGCUGCGCUAGUCAUGAACCGGCAGGUUCACUUGGGCGUCUUAGGGAGAUCAGCUGACAUUGCUGAAAACAUUGGAGGGUCUUUGGCUGCUGUAGGUUCGAUGAGGAGAAAAACUCCCAAGCUGAUGCAAUCUCCAUUCGUCAAGACGCUGGGACCUGGCCCCGAGUCCCCAGAGAACAAUACAAAGACUGCGCCACUUGAAGCUAGCUUCACACGCGGCAAGGACUUGAAUUCUAUCUUUCAUCGUUCACUGUGGAAGCACAACGAUGAAAGUAAGACGCACCCUUUCCUUGUGUGGACUGCUGAUAAUCUGAAAACCGUCGAAUCGGAUUACGACGAUGACAACAAACUUAUUAUGAAUGGUGUUAACGUUGACGGCAGUGACAUGUUCAACAAAGUUAUUCCUCUCCCUGCAAUGAGAGGGGAGAGAAUCGCUCACUUGACCAAUGCCAGUGACGCUCAAACGGAGGAGGCCAAAAGCUGGAACAAACUUGCAUCUGUUGGAGUGAACGUUUACGGUUCGCUCUUCUCAGACCCAGUUGCUAAAGGAAGCCACUCGGACGGCCUGUCUGAUCAAGAGGAGUCGAAUGAUCCUUGCAACGAGGCCUACGUCGAUUCUGUCUCGGGGAUGCAAAAUGAGUACAAUUACUGGGACGACGAUCAUGUCAAGGACCCGUCAGAUGUUGCUCCCUUGGAGCGUGCAAGAGUAACCGUAUCCAACAAGAACUGGCAAAAGGCCGUUCCAAAUCCUGCAUGGCAGCCUUAUGCCAAGCUCUCCCGCUCAGGGUGUAAAAAGUAG